AGAUCUCACGGGUGAAAACCUUAAUGGGUCAGCUGCCACUUGUCAUUGACCCACAUGGUAGUCACUGAGCAUUUGCCACGUGUCUGUCAACCCAGAAACCUAUUCCUACUUUUCUGGCCACCCUCAUCUUUCCCUUUUAAACUUCAUUGUGCAGAGGCAGAAACCAUAAAGAGGGAAAGAUCUUAGAGAAGAGAAGAAAAGUAUAAUGCAAUGGCAGGACCAGACCAAGCAGCACAGCAUUCAUCAGAGGUCCUUCAGCAGCGUAAAAAACUAACACAAUGUCCAAUGAAAAUGGCGGUUGGCGGUUUCGCCAUUGUUGCUACCAUCGGUUACAUGGUGUUGUACUCCAAGAAGAAGCCUGAGGCCUCUGCCCUAGAUGUUGCAAAAGUCGCCUCCGGCACUGCCCGUCCUGAGAACACCCGUCCCCACUAGCUCAUCAUUCACCAACUGCAUCUUCUUUUUCCUCGUCCAUUAGUUCACCUCUCUUUUUGUGUUGUUAACUCAUUUUGUGGUUUAAAUCAAAUAAGGCAGUUUUAUAAAUCAUCAGUAUUUCUGAUUAUUGUUUUUUGUGAUGAAUGCUUCAGUUGUAAAUUCGCAAGCACACAAUCGGUAAUGAUCAGUUAACAAUAUUUUUCUUGUUAUACACUAAGUCAUGUUGUUAUUAAAUUAGUAAAUAUAUU